CGCUACUCACAAAACACUUUGUAUUUUCCAUAAACGUACUCUGCGCACCACAACUCACAAAACACUUUGUAUUUUCGUUAGCUGAGACCUGUGAGCUUCUUCGAGUCUAACAAAAAUGGCGGUAACGAAGCAACAGCCGGCGGCGGAAGAAGAGAAGCUGCUGAGGCAGAGGAACGAGGAAUUGGAGAGGGAGUUGAGGAAGAGCCAGGAGAGGGAGGAGAGGAUGAAGGCGGAGCUCCAGAGGGCCCGCGAAAGGCUCCGAGUCGCCGAGGAGGCGGAGGAGCGCCUCUGCUCGCAGCUCGGUGAGCUCGAAGCCGAGGCAGUCGAUCAGGCGCGUAUGGAUCAUGCCCGGAUUCUGGCCCUCGUGGACAAGCUCUCGCAGGCCCAGCGCCUCCUCCAGGCUUCCGCCGUUGCCCUGCCGCCGGGACUCGCUUCCAAAUGACAGCCUGGUUAAAACUUGAGUUACUAACCGCUUCCUCUUCUUUAACUGUUUUUGGUUGUGUUGUUGGUUGUAAUUAGGGACGAGUUUUUCGUUGUAAUUUGGGCGUGUACGUGUUGUGUAUUAUUAUGUUGUUUGACGAUUUGAAUCAUUCGAUUCAUUUUCUUGCCCUUCAAGGAAAACAAAUAUAUAGGGAAGAAGAGAUCAAUAUUGUUUUGCAA